UUCAGAAACAGCUCGUCAACCACCUCGGUCGCUUGCUAGCCAACAUAGCCGUAAGAUUCAAGCUAUUUAUACGCUUUCGGUGUAUAUUAGCUACUGUGUUUUCGACACACUUAGGUCGUAUCUACUUGUUAACCUAUUUCAUUUAGUAUUACGUUAUUUUGUAUUAGUCAGCUAUAGUAGCUGGCUGGUUAAGUUAGCACUAGCCUAGUCGCUAAUGAUAGCUAGCUAGCUAACAUCCCCGAACAUGAGCUCCAUAAACUUCUCCCCUCCUGUUAAAGAAGAGGAUAAGGUCUGCUGGACGGAGAAAUUAGGUCUGUGGCUGAACAUUGUCGUGAAAGAGGAGGAGGAAGAAGAGGAUGUCACAGUAAAACAAGAAGUAGAGGGUGAGGCUGUUACAGUGAAAGAGGAAGACGUUUCAGUGAAGGAAGAGGAGGACGCGUUCAGAGUUAAAGAGGAGGAAGAUGAGAAAGAGGAGGAUGUAGUUUUUGGUGUGAAAGAGGAGGGGGAGGUUACUGUCACAUUGGAGGAAGAAGAGGAGGUUGGAGAUCUGUUUAACCCCAGUUUUCUGUCCUCAGAUAAAGAGCUCUAUGAAAGCCAGUCUACAUAUGAAGAGGUCCCAAUGAAGAGCAGUGGUUCUCAGUCCUGGGGACUCAGAGGCACAUUGUUGUUUUUGCCUCAGCACUGCACAGCUGAUUCAAAUGAUCAACUCAUCAUCAAGUUUCAAGUGAUACCUUGUAACAGGAGAUUCCUUCAAAACGAUUGCCUACAGUUACCGUGUAGCGAACUGCAAGGUUGGGUGACCAGGGUCAUCUGGGACUGCCUCCUGGAGGAAUUCAGGUGUGUGAAGGCUACAUGUGUCCUGCGUAACUUCAUGAGGAUGAACACGAGGACCAGGAGGGGAUCUGCAGCUCACCGCCGUGUCCCAGAGGAGGAGUCUGCUGCUCUGCAGGAUGUUUCAAGGAUGGGGUCCAACCACGCAGCAAGAGAGGCAAUCCGUGUUCGGGAGAUCUUCACCUCCUACUUCUUCAAAGAGGGUGCUGUUCCCUGGCAACACCAUAGACUACACUAUGCUCAACCAAAGGCUCUUUUAAGAGGUUGCUGUUCCCUAGCAACACCAUAGACUACACUAUGCACAACCAAAGGCUCUUUUAAGAGGGUGCUGUUCCCUGGCAACACCAUAGACUACACUAUGCACAACCAAAGGCUCUUUUAAGAGCCAUUCACAUUGCAAUAAGAGUAUUCUUCCAUUUACUUAGCUAUGUCAACUGCAGUUAUUCAAUUCAUAGUUUCUCUCCCUUUGAUUUCUACUUCUCCGAUGAGGGUGCAGUUUAGGUAAGGGUGUGAUGUCUGUGCAAAAACAAAACAGGCUAUUUCAAAUCACCCAUAUUGAAAAAAUUUAUAACAAUUAGACACCCUAUAACCCACACCUACACACUAAUGUAUCAAUCUGAUUGAUGGAUUGUGUUGUGCAGUAAGCAGGCUCAGGUGUAUAACUGUGGCUCCUUCCACCUUCAAAGAAUAGGCAAGAGGGCCAACCAUGGAGAAUAGUAAGACACUUCAUUAUUUCUAUAACUACGCUAUAUUGUUUGUCCUUGUGUGUCUGUUCAUGUUUUUCAGCAUAAAGUACUCUGCAGCCACUUAGUGUGGUGUGGACACCAGUCCUCUAGGUUAUAUCAGCUGUGUCGGUGAACCCCUCCUGCAUCUGAACUGGCUACAUAGAGGGCACAGCAUGAUCAGAGAUAUGUUUUGAUGUGAGAGGAUGCCAACCCCCAGUCACAUCAUCGCCACCUCACCUGCUUUUAAGAUAACCUUUGGGCCGACUAGAGACACUAUUAUGUAAUGGUGAUGAACUGAGAGAAUAUUUAUGUAGCACUGUGAUUCAUUAAUCAUGUGCUGCCUUCCCUGCUCCUAUGUGCUUACCUCUUUCCCUUUCUGUCUUUUACACCUCUCUCUCCACCUCCUCUUUCUUCCUCUGUUUUUAUAAUUCACAACAGAUUGAAGGACAGAUUGAACUUGUAUUUAUAACACUUGGAUAAUGAGCUUUUCAAUAAAGCGUUUCACAUUCUCUACUGGUUGAAAUGAAGUGUAAUGUGAUGAAAUACUCCACCUAUCCUGUGUUUAUCAGAUCAAUGCAGAUGAAGGGCAUUAGAUGUUGAGAUGAACCGGUGUUGGAGUAUUUACAUGAUGCAUAGGAAGUGUAGUGUUCUGGUUUUUAACAUUAUAUUUCUGUAUAUAUGAAUUAACUAGUUAAAUCCUGUUUCUAGUCUAUUAGUUACAAUGUGUAACCAUUGAUGUCCCAGGACCAAGAUUGAUAAACACUGUUGAAGUGUAUAAUUGUAAUACAUACAUGCAGACACAGUGUCAUUCAAAGACUGGAAUUUGAUACUCCUGGUAUUGGAUAUGACUGAACAAUCAUCUCAAAGACAUUCAUACCUAAACUGCACCUUUAUUUGCCAAGGUAGAGUACAUGAUCAGUGAAUAUAUUAAAUGUACAGGCUACAAUGUGGGGAUCUCAUGCAUGGUAAUAACUA